AUGCCCAGACAUCUGUCCAAGGCUUUGGAGAGAGCCUCAGACUCAGAGGUGGUAGUGGGAAGGUGCUACAGGCAUCAGAACAAUUCUGGGAUGUUUGAGGUACUUGAAAUAGAACCUGGUGGUAAAAUCCACUCUGAAGUGGAGCUGGGUUUUAAAGCUCUUGGUCUUGGAGAAAGCUCUCUUUAUGAUAAUGGCUGUGCUGCAUGUUUCCCCUUGGAAGCUAGAGAAAGAAAAAUGUCCAGUGACUUUGGUACUGCUAACAUGCUGGUCAAGGGGUACAGGAGAGCUAGCCCCCACUGUUUGAAAGUUCAUGUCUGGCUCUUCACUUUCACGCAGACCUGUAUGAAGACUGACGUCGCGGAGAGAACGCUGCAAAGGAUUCCUGCUUUCACGACAGCAGAGCCGGGCGCCAGCCCCGCCCCGCCCCUGAGGUCCCCCUCUGGCUCAGCCCAGGCGGCCUGCAGGAGGUCCGCGGAGGCGGCCAAGGGAGCCGAGCCCGACAUCGCCGUGCCCCAGUUCAAGCGGAGGAAGCGGGAGUCGGAGCGGGCAUACGUGCGCCGCAUGGCCCAGGAGGCGCGGCACGUGCUCUUCCUCACCCAGAACCAGGCCCCGCGGCAGCCGGAGGCGCAGACAGCACCCCGCGAGAAGUCUGCUGGGAAGAAAGCGUUCCAGAAGCGUAAGCUGGACAGGAUACAGCGGCGGAGGGAAGAGAAGGCAGCAGAGAGGCUGGAGCAGGAGCUGCUCAGAGACCCAGUGCAGUUUGGCGAGGUGGCCCUGCAGCCCCCGGAGCUGACGGCCAAGCCCAGGACCAGCACAAGCAGGGACCAGGCCGGCCGCGGAUCGCUGGCGCUGGCGGGGCUGCUGAGCCCGGGGCGCGGGGCCCGACCGCAGAGCGCUUCGCUGGCCCGGCAGCGCAUCUUGGGCGAGGAGAGAGCGCGGGCAGUGCAGGCCUACCGGGCGCUGCGGCAGCGGCGGACUCUGUCACUAGGGUCCCUCCCCACUGGGAAGGCACAGGGCACACAGCUGUGACACCGCACCCCCCCAGCCUCUGGGGGUGGCCACCCCACCACCUUGCUCCCAGCAUCCGCUCUGGCGACCCGGCUGCCCCAAGUGAGCCAGCCCUGGAACUUGGCUGGCACAGAAGGAGCCCAGGAGGGGGCUGCUGUGCUGCAGGACACUGUUCAGGUGCCCUGGCUCGGCGCUGCCCGCGUGU